AUUUAAUUGCGCCUACCAAGGGAGAGAACCUUUUGCAGCCCAAGCAUUGUUUCAGACUUUCAGUGACUUCCUGCAGAAACAUUGGCAGGGAGAUUGAGGUUUGAAUCAUGGAAGUUACGGGGGGAAAUUUUGUUGGAAUCACUGUGAGUGAUACGGAGACUGAAAGAAUUCUCCAACCCAAAAAAGAAGCGAAAUCUCGGCGUCUUUUUGGGCUCAUUACUUGAAACAAAGAGAAGCUAAUAAAAUAGCGCUUUUAUGGCUGUAAGCUUUAAUGGCUGUUCAGUGCACUCGUACACGAGAGAGAGAGAGAGAGAGAGAGAGAGAGAGAGAGAGAGAGAGAGAGAGAGAGAGAGAGAGAGCUGAGAGAAAAUUAUGGCUUUGAAACUGUCAUUGAGUCGUAGAAGAUAGCAAAAAGUCAGACAGAGAUACUUAAUAGGUGCUUGAAAGUGAAGCAUAAAAAGUGAAGAGAUUGCCGGGAUUGUCAGUGCGUAUCUCUCGUCCGGAGUAGUACGCCUUUCUCCAGAGAGCUAAGAUAGAGAAUAAGGUAAGAACUCUCCUCGAGAGAGAAUUGAGGAAGAGGAGGAAAGGGAGAUGUUUGUGAGUGUUUUUUUGGCAUAGCCGAGUUUUGGCGCUGAAGGAGGUGGAGUGGGAAUUCGGCGCUGCUUUUGAAUUUUAGGUGGUGGCCGGUUCUUCACGAGGUGCUGUCAGAAUUUCUUUUCAAAACAUAUUAAAAAAAAACAAUCUUCAUCCACAUCACUUCUCUGCUUCGAACCUUAAAGUUCCAAAGAACUUACGAAUGGUUUCUUCUCUGUUUCUCUUGUUUGAGUAGAGAUUGUUUCUUCCCAGCUGACAGCACUUGAGUUUUGGUCACUCUCGCAUUUUUAUUCCUCGGACACUGUUUCUUCUGUUUGUUGUUGUAGUGCUUCUUUGUUUCUCUGGAAUAUGCUUCGUUUUUGUUCUUCUCUCUGGUUUCAGUUCAAAUUUUUGAGAGGGAAAGAUGAGAAGGCUUGAGAGUUUGUUGCGGCGUUAGGGUGUAUUUGCCUUGAAAAACCCCCACCCGGGUUUUGACUUCGUACCUAACAUUUUAAUUUUCCAAGACUUUUUGGCUGUUUAUUCUUCUGUGUCUGGUUUGUGACUUGCUAGACCAAAGAAACAGUAUGGGGAAGGUUACAAGAUGGUUGAAGGGUUUGUUGGGGAUGAAGGAGAAUAAUCUGGAGAAUUCAGGUCCAUUGGCCGGAGACCGCAGAGAGAAGAAAAAUUGGAGCUUUGGCAAGUCUCUAAGAGAUUCUAGCGCAGUUGCUCAGUCUCCAUCGAGCACUUCGAGUAAAAUGCCAGUCACCGAUGCUGCUUGUUUCAGAUACUACAUCAAUGAGUCAGAGAAGGAGCAGAACAAGCACGCAAUAGCGCUGGCUGCCGCCACAGCAGCCGCGGCUGAUGCUGCUGUGGCUGCUGCCCAGGCGGCUGCAGCAGUUGUCAGGUUGACAAGCCAGGGCAGGGGAACUUUGUUUGCAGGAGGGAGGGAGAGGUGGGCUGCUGUGAAGAUUCAAACUGUUUUUAGGGGUUGUUUGGCCCGGAAAGCACUCCGAGCUCUAAAGGGACUGGUUAAGUUACAGGCUGUUGUUAGAGGCUGUCUUGUUCGAAAACGGGCUACUGCAACCCUGCAUAGUAUGCAAGCUCUCAUAAGAGCUCAAGCAGUAGUUCGAUCUCAGCGUGCCCGUCGUUUUCUCAAUAAAGAUAACAGAUUUCAUCCUGAAAAUCGACACCGAAAAUCUAUAGAAAGGUUUGAUGAAGCAAGAAGUGAAUAUCGCGGCAAAAUGUUUUCAGCAUCUCAUGAAGCCUCAGUGCUAAGUACAUUCGAUGAAACCCCAAAAAUUGUGGAAAUCGACACAUACAAACCCAGAUCAAGAUCUCGGAGAGUCAAGACGGGGUUGUCCGAGUGUGUCGAAGAUUUGCCUUAUCAGACAAUCUCAUCACCUCUUCCAUGUCCAAUUCCUGCUCGUAACUUUCAAGAUUUUGAAUGGUACUUCAGUGGGGAAGAAUGCAGGUGCUCUACUGCUCAGAGCACUCCUCGGUGUGGUACUUCCAUCCGGUCUAAUGUCCUGGCAGCACCGGCCAAGAGCGUCUGCGGAGACAGCUUCUUCAGACCUUACGCAAACUUCCCUAACUACAUGUCCAAUACGCAGUCAUUCAAGGCCAAAUUGAGGUCUCAAAGUGCACAAAGGCAAAGACCUGAGCCCCUGCCCAAGAAGAGGUUUUCACUGAAUGAAAUUAUGGAAGCAAGAUAUAGCACUAGCAGUGUUAGAAUGCAGUUGUCUUCUUCCCAGUUUCCAGGUUGACGAGGAAGAUUUACGAUGGUUAGAGCGAAAAAAGUCCUGUAAAUUUCUCCUAUAACAUGUUCUUACUGAAUUAUGCCUUAUGGAAAUGAAAAAGCGCUUUCUUUUU